CAAACGGCCCAUGAAGGGGGGAAAAUUCAAGAAAAAAAGAAGAGCUCAAACCCCAAUUGCGAAGCCAACUGUUCUGCAAAAACAUCCACUGCAGUCUGCAGCAACCAAUCCCUAGUUGAAUUUCAUGUGGGCAGGACGGUGAGCGGAGAAGCGCAGCAUUCUGGAAAUCCAGGCAGACUAACCAGGGGAAGAGAGCACGAUUUCAAUCGGAUGGCAUCUUAUGGUGAAGAGGUCCUUUCUUUUAUGAAACUUGCUCUGGAACAGGCAAAGCUUGCGUUGGACAGCCUUGAAGUUCCGGUCGGUUGUGUCAUGGUAGAGGAUGGGGAGGUGAUUGCUUCGGGGAGGAACCGAACCACAGAGACCAGGAAUGCUACAAGGCAUGCUGAGAUGGAAGCCAUUGACAUUUUGCUAGAGCAGUGGAAGAAGAGUGGACUUUCACCCAGUGAAGUCUCGGAAAGAUUCUCAAAAUGCGUCCUUUAUGUGACUUGCGAGCCCUGCAUAAUGUGUGCAGCGGCCCUGUCUUUUCUAGGCAUCAAAGAAGCGUAUUAUGGAUGUGGGAAUGACAAAUUUGGCGGCUGUGGAUCAAUAUUGUCAUUGCAUACUUGUGCAGGAGUGGCACAGAAGAAGAGCUUCAAAUGUGUAGGAGGAAUCAUGGCAUCUGAGGCGGUUGCUCUUCUGCGUAGCUUCUAUGAACAAGGAAAUCCAAAUGCCCCCAAGCCUCACAGGCCGGUGAAGCAAACCACAUGAUGUUCUGAUCAUGUGUCUUAUCUACUUAUGGAUGAGCUCAGAAAGUGAAUCAUACAGAAGCUGGCUCUGCAAGACAGAGACACGUAGCUUGGAAGUCAUGCAUUUUAGUGAACACUUAGAAACUGAUGAUCUAAGGAAAAUAACAGCACGUUUGGUUCAUGGCCGGAAUGAAUUUUGAGGGAAUACGAAUGCUAUUCCAUAGGGAAUGAAAUAGAACAUAAAUUGUAUUCUAUUGUUUGGUUUGCUGAAGGAGUGAAGGAUUAGACUUUAGGAAUUAUAUAUAUUCUAAAUCGAGUAAUCAUACAUACUCUUCUGGAUCGAAUCAGCCUGAGAGAAGAAUCAAGCUGUUGCUCCAAAUUCUGGAGAUCUUUCUGGCUCAUGGUGUCCAGAUCUUCUCCCAUGUAGUGCCUGCAUGCAUGCAUUUUUAUCAUCAACAGUACAAGAUGUCAUUAAUGUAUAUAUGAAUUUCUCACUUGUGAUUCCUUUGCAGAAGAUCAAUCUUUCCU